GUUAGGGAAGCAGCUGGGCUGAGAAGUGCUUCUGCGAAGUCCCCCCCCCCUUCCUUCUCCCAAGCGGGGAGGGAGAGGCAAGUAUUUCUCCGCGCCCCCGUCCCGCCGAAGAAAUGCCAAGGGUCGUGUGUUAGCCUUGUCGAGAGGGGAGGUAUACGCUCUUUAUUACUCGGAGGAGAGAGCUGGCAGAUGUCCCAAGCGAGAGAACCUCUUCCUCCGGGGCCUGAAGGGCCAGAGCGUGCAGCGCCGGCUGAAAACAGCUUUUUGAUCUCACUCCCUCGAGAAAAAUGUGGUGGAGACAGAACAGCUGUAGGAGCAAGAGAGAUAACAGAAACUUCCAGUAACCAAAUUAUACAAGCAGAAACACAAGACCAGCCUGUUUGGGGAAAUUGCACUGAUGAUGACCUCAUCAGAACACAACCUCAACGUUUGCCUCAACCAAAUGCUUUGGCACUUGAAAAAUGUAAAGAAGAAACUGGCAAAAUAUUAAAUGGGCAUGCAAGCCUGAGUAAUGGAAGUAGAUUUCACAAUGGAGUCAAACGUGGUGCACCAGAUAGCAGAAAAUUCUCAGCACCUGUUUCCCAAAAAAUGCACAGGAAAAUUCAGUCCAGCUUGUCUGUCAACAGUGAAAGCAGCAAGAAAAGCUCUGCGUAUUCUCAUAAGCCAGGUUCUUUACCCGAAGAUUGCUGUGUGCACUGUAUCUUGGCCUGCUUGUUCUGCGAAUUCAUCACCCUCUGUAGCCUUGUCUUGGGACAAGCGUCAUGUGGUGUCUGCACAGCGGAGGCCUGCUGCUGUUGCUGCGGAGAGGAAAUGGGAGAUGACUGCAACUGCCCAUGUGACAUGGACUGUGGUAUAAUGGAUGCCUGUUGUGAAUCAUCAGACUGUUUGGAAAUCUGCAUGGAAUGCUGUGGGAUUUGUUUCCCAUCAUAAUUUUUUUAUUUAUCCUUUGUAUUUUUUUUUAUCUUUAAAAAAAGAGGGUUCUUGUGUUUGUUUUUUAAACUCUUUUGAAGGACACUGUUAAAUGCUCUCACAACAACCUAGUUAUGUGCACUGUUAACUUCAUUUUAGAGAAUAACUGAAGAAAAGAAAAUCCAUAAGAACAAAUGCUUCGUGGUCUAAUUUUCGAUACCUGUUAGGUGCCUUUGUAAAGGUUCCUUUCACACAGGUCAAACGGCCUGCAUGAAGACAGGAGGCCUGAGGUCCCUAGAACAACCUAGGGUUUCUUUUUAAGAGUUGAUUUUUCAUCAGUGAACAAGUUCCUAAAAGAAAUGGCAAGCAACAGGAGUGGAGUAAACACAUCUUGGCUCCAACAAAGUAACAAUAAUAAUUUCUUGUGGGGUUUCCACCUCAGUGACCCUCUCGAUGGCAAAUAUUUGUAACAGCUUCUGUUUAAAACAAAUGCUUUUCUAAAUAGAACUGCCAUAUGUCCUUUAUGUUUUUAACUGCAAUGUGAAGAAACAUUUUAUUUUAUCAUCUGUACAUUUACAUAAUUUAAGUCUGUCAAAAGUGCAUCACUAACGAUCUGGUUCAUGUUUUACAUAUAAACCUAUGUGUGUUUGUUCAAAAUAGGUAUAGGGCUGCAGCCUUAAAGUACUUCCCACCACCACCACCAAAUUGUUCUUAUACUAUAUGUCAUGAUUUAAGAAGCACUAAUUGAAGGCAGUCUGAGGAAGAACUCACUUGGUUGCCU